CUGACUAUUAAGAACAGGCCAAACCUGCGUCUCCUCCUUACCCGAAUACUCUUCUACAAUCAAGACCAGCACCUAGACAGUUAACAUGAGUGACCAAUACUUGAACCUGCCAAUCUCUCCUGCCGACACGGCCUUUGGGCUGAUGGCGGAAUACGAUGCGGACCCGCACCCUAAUAAGGUGUCUCUGAUUGCCGGGGCAUACCGCAACGAAGACGGACGACCUUGGGUGCUGCCCAGUGUCCAAGAGGCCAAAGCUCGCCUCACUCCGAAUCAACAUCACGAAUACCUGGACAUCGCAGGCUCCCCCGGACUGAUCAAACUAGCUCAAUCCCUAACCUUUAGCUCCGAAAUCGCCACAGCACUAGACAAGAGCAUCGCCUCUAUCCAAACCGUCUCCGGAACAGGCGCCAACCACAUGGCCGCGCACUUCCUCGCCCAGCACCUUCGGCCAUCCCGGGUAUUCAUCCCCUCCCCAACAUGGAUCAACCACAAAACCAUCUGGGCCACCACGGGGAUCUCCAUCGAGGAAUACCCAUACUAUGACCCUACAACACGAGCAGUCAACAUCACAGGAAUGCUCUCCGCCCUGGAGACCGCCAACCCCCACGACGUGGUAAUCCUCCAAGCCUGCGCCCAUAAUCCCACAGGGAUCGAUCUCUCCCAAACCCAAUGGAGACGAGUCGCAGCGGUAAUGAAACGGAAGAACCUCUUCGCCAUGUUCGAUAGCGCCUACCAGGGCUUUGCCACCGGGGACGUCGACGGUGAUGCCUGGGCGGUGCGCUAUUUCGUGAAACAGCUUAUCCUUGAUGGUGAGCCUGAUCACCCCGGUCUCUGCGUGGCGCAGUCCUUCUCCAAGAACUUUGGACUAUACGGCGAGCGCGUGGGUGCGCUCCAUCUCGUCGUGCCGCGGCAUCUUUCAGCCGAAGGAGCGCGGUCGGAGCUGAUCGCGCGCGCGCGAGCGGAGUACUCUAACCCGCCACACUUCGGAGCGAGUAUUGUUGAGACAGUUCUGGGGGAUGAGGGACUCAGAGCCCAGUGGCUGAGAGAUUUAGAGACUAUGAGUGUGCGGAUUAAGGAGAUGAGACAGGAGCUGCGGAAGAGAUUGGAGGAUAAUGGGACACCGGGGGAUUGGUCUCAUAUUGAGAGCCAGAUUGGGAUGUUUAGUUAUACGGGACUGGAUCGGGAGCAGGUUGCUCGCCUCAAGGAGGAGUUUCAUAUUUAUCUCUUGCCGUCGGGACGGGCGAGUAUUUGUGGCUUGAAUGAGGGGAAUAUUGAGUAUGUGGCGAGGGCUGUUGGGCUGGUGGUUGGCUUGGGGCAUGAUUAG